AUGACAACUCUGCCCCCAGGCUUCUUUCGUCUCUCUAGGGAAAUCAGGGAAAUGAUUUAUGACCUCGCCCUGGAACCUGUCGAAUUUAGCAACCUAUACACUGCCAAGACAGCAUACACCCCAGAAUCAUGUCCUUUACUCUACGUUCACUGGAUGAUAACCGAAGAGCUCCAAAAUCGCCUCUACAAAAACCACGCUAUAGUCAUCCCGUUUCAAGAACCCAGCGAAUACGUCAUCAGCAACAGAACGUUUGCGCAACACAUAAACAAGACCACACGCAGAAUGAAGAUGCAUACAGACAAGAUCAUUGUCGAGAUUGUGCAGACAAAAGAGGCUCGCUACCCGGAUAACUCAUUUGAUAGAAACGGAAUAAGAAAAUACUACGGCAACUUCUGGAGAGAUCACGAAGCAGGAGCCGACUUUCCGAGACGAGUGGUGCAUGAACUUCUCUGGAUGAAGCAACACCUCCCUGCCGUACGGACUGUCAAAUUUGUUCUUUGGGAAGGUCAAUGGUCUAUGUAUCCGACAGCGUGGAUGGAACCUCUACAGAGGUUGUUAGACAACUGGAGCGAGUUGCAUAUCGAAGUGGAGAUUAACCUCUUUGACUACGAAGACCCGGACGCUUUUGACGGGGGCAUGAAUUUCAUCCAAGUAUGGUACCAUCACUGCGAGCCAAUUGAGAGAAUCUCGUUCUCUGCAAACGACUUUCACUGGGACGAUCAUGAGUUUGGGGACUAUUGGGGAUACAGAAUCGAGCCCAGGUGUUUCGAAGACGAGUACUGGGAAGAGAUGGACCCAGCCGAGAGAAACGCCAUUUUGGAGGCGGGAGACGCAGGCGACCUUGUCUAUUUGGGAGAGGUAGAGUGCCGUCCCUUGUUAUUAAGGACAUAUAUGGACAGGGCUGGAGAAAAUUGA